AUGGAAAAAGAAAAGUUCUCCCAAAACCUCACUGUAGUGACAGAGUUCAUUCUCUUGGGACUCACAGAGGACCCAGCACUAGAGAAGAUCCUGUUUGCGGUGUUCCUGGUGAUCUAUCUCAUCACACUGGCAGGGAAUCUGUGCAUGAUUGUGCUGAUCAGAACUAACUCCCACCUCCACACUCCCAUGUAUUUCUUCCUCGGACACCUCUCCUUCGUAGACAUUUGCUAUUCUUCCAAUAUUACUCCAAAUAUGCUGUGUAGUUUCCUCUCGGGCCAGAAGACCAUCUCCUAUGCUGGGUGCUUCACGCAGUGCCUUCUCUUCAUUGCCCUGGUGAUCACUGAGUUUUACUUGCUGGCUUCCAUGGCCCUGGAUCGCUACGUGGCCAUCUGUAGCCCUUUACAUUACAGCUCCAGGAUGUCCAAGAAUGUCUGUGUCUGUCUCGUCAUGGUCCCUUACGUGUUUGGCUUCCUCAAUGGACUCUCCCAGACACUGCUGACUUUUCGCUUGUCCUUCUGUGGCUCCCUGGAAAUCAAUCACUUCUACUGUGCUGACCCUCCUCUCUUAAUGCUGGCCUGCUCUGACACAUCUGUUAAAAAGAUGGCAAUGUUUGUAGUUGCUGGAUUUACUCUCUCAAGCUCUCUGUGUAUCAUUCUUCUCUCCUACUUUUUCAUUUUUGCAGCCAUCUUGAGGAUUCGUUCAGCUGAAGGGAGGCACAAAGCCUUUUCUACUUGUAGUUCCCAUCUGACAACGGUCACUAUAUUCUAUGGAACUCUCUUCUGCAUGUACUUAAGACCCCCAUCAGAAAAGUCUGUAGAGGAGUCAAAAAUAAUUGCAGUAUUUUAUACUUUUUUAAGCCCAAUGUUGAACCCAUUGAUCUACAGCCUAAGGAACAAAGAUGUGAUCCUUGCCAUGCAACAAAUGAUUAGGAGAAUUUUCUUUCUUAAAAAUGCAGCUUAG